AAAACAAUUUUUUCCUAUUUAUUUAAACUUGAACCUUUGUAAGGUUCAAUGAGGAAAGAGAUCGAUUUUUACGUGAUUUGGAAUAUUGCUUUCAUCAUAUUUUUUGUGUCAAUCCUCUAUUAUUACAUGUUUGUCGGUUUCUGAACAAACUGCAGACAAGCGCAUGUUAUGUAAUAAGAGGUCCCUUCUGCUGUUGUCUCUUGGAGUGGCUGCAAUUUCUUGGAUCUACGCAGAGGAAACCAUGUCGAUCUACCGCGGAACAGUUUGGUUUAUCAAGGGGAUGAGGGAGUACACAAAGUCAGGAUAUGAAGCUGCAGCUAAGAAAUUCAACGAGGGAGACUUGAAGGUUGACUGCACAGGAAAAUCUUAUUUGAUCACAGGCUCUAACAGUGGCAUUGGCAAACACGCUGCUUUGGAAUUGGCUAGAAGGGGCGGCACCGUUCAUCUCGUUUGCAGGAACAAAACUGCAGCACAAGAAGCUUGCGAUGAAAUCAAGUCUGAAACGGGAAAUAACAAUGUUCAUGUGCAUGUCUUAGACAUUUCGAAACCCAGAGACGUCAUUCGAUUCGUGCAAAGCUUCACUCAUGAAUUGGACGUUUUGGUGAAUAAUGCUGGAUGCAUGGUCCACACAAGGGAGCUGGAUGAAAAUGGACUGGAAAAGAAUUUUGCCACAAACGUCGUCGGAACGUACUUGCUGACCAAAGCCCUCCUCACCAAGUUUGAAGGUUCCUCAGAUCCCAGGGUCAUUACUGUGUCCUCUGGAGGAAUGCUGAACCAGAAACUGGACGCCGAGGACCCUCAAUGUGAUAAAAUGAAAACGUUUGACGGAAGACAGGUUUAUUCGCAGAAUAAGCGUGGCCAAAUCGUGAUGACUGAGCAGCUAGCCAAAGCGCACCCCAGUGUUCACUUCUCCUCGAUGCACCCUGGCUGGGCAGACACUCCAGCUGUCCGCACCGCCAUGCCUGACUUCUACAACAAAAUGAAGGACAGGCUACGCACCACAGACCAGGGCGCUGACACGAUUGUCUGGCUUGCCAUUGCUGCUGCUGCCAAGAAACAGCCUUCUGGUCUUUUUUUCCAAGAUCGGACUCCAGUUUCGACUCAUUUGCCUUUGGCUUGGACCAAAUCAACACCUCAGGAGGAAACGGUUUUCAUGCAAAAGUUGGAAGACCUGUGGCACAAAUUUAACCGAGUGGAUUGCGAAUAAUUAUUAAAGUUUUGAAUUAAUUUGAGCAAUGAUUUAAUUAAUAAUGUUACUGGAACACUUAACUAUGUAUAUCUAUACUGCAGUGAAAUCUUGUAAUUUUAUACUUAUUUUGCAAAUAUAAUUUGAUUUCAAUA